GUUGGCUGGGGAGCCGAGCAGAGUGUGGGUGGUUUUGGAGAAGAACCAGGAAUUAAGUCACAGCUGGUAAAUCUGAUCCGAUCUGUCCGCAUGGUGAUGAGAUGCGCCCAGCGGCCGGAGGGAGUCCUCCUGCGCCGCGUUGGAGGACCGCCGCCUCAAGCGCCGAGUUCUUGACUUCUCCGCAAUACUCCUCGGUUUCGACGUCUCCUCGACCGUGGACGGACAGAGGAGCUGAGGGACGGCCGUGGCACAACGCCGCCCAUCCGAGCUUCAAAAGGAAGCAGCGCCGCUGCAAGAGAGAGAAGAACGACCGCGUCGACGGGGGCACCAACCCUUCUUUGCUGGUUGCCUGGUAACGGGUGCAGUCACUUAAGUAGGUUCCUGCUGCUGUUGGAGAAUGGCAGCUCGACGAGUAAUAAAGGCUGUUCUAAUCGACCUCAGUGGAACACUGCACGUUGAAGAUACAGCUAUAUCUGGUGCCCAGGAGGCACUGCAGAAGUUGCGCCAUGCUCCUGUAGAGGUGAAGUUUGUCACUAACACCACCAAGGAAUGUAAACGAGCUCUGUUUGAACGACUGCAGAAACUCAGCUUCCCCAUCCAAGAGAAUGAGAUCUUCACAUCUUUGACUGCGGCCAGGAACCUUGUAGAGCAGAAACAGGUCAGACCUUUACUAUUGGUGGACGACAGUGCACUUGAAGACUUUGAAGGAGUAGACACAAGUGAUCCGAAUGGUGUGGUUAUUGGAUUAGCUCCUCAACACUUUAACUACAACACAAUGAACAAGGCCUUCAGGUUACUUUUAGAUGACGCCCCUCUGAUUGCCAUACACAAGGCCAGGUACUACAAGAAGACAGAUGGAUUAUCACUUGGACCUGGAGCCUUCAUCACCGGGCUGGAGUAUGCAGCAGACGUCACAGCCACAGUUGUAGGAAAACCAGAGAAACCGUUCUUCCUUGAAGCCCUCCGAAGUACUGGGUGUGAACCAGAGGAGGCUGUAAUGAUUGGUGAUGAUGUUCGGGAUGAUGUUGGUGGAGCACAGAAUGCUGGGAUGUUGGGUAUUUUGGUAAAAACUGGCAAAUAUCGAUGCGGGGAUGAAUGCAAAAUAACUCCUGCUCCUUAUCUGACGUGUGAUGCUUUCCCCCAAGCUGUUGACCACAUACUCCACAAUAUGCUGUAAAAAGAUUAGCGCCACAUCAGCCUAUCACUGUUAUAGCACCAGCGACCCAGGUUCCAUUCUGCUGUUGCAGGUUCUCUCUGCGACUGUGCGUUUCCUCCAGGUGCUCUGGUUUCCAAAGACGUGCCGGUUAGCGGGCUAAUCAGUCAAGUGUAAUUGGGUGACGCAGGCUUGUUGGGCCAGAAAACCUGUUACCAUGUUGUAUCUCGAAAUAAAAUAAAUAAAGAUGACUGGUAUCUAUCAGAGGGCAGAGAAGCUGUGUAUGUUUUCUGUCCUUCUGUAGGCUGCUGACAGCGGGAUCAGGUUCAAAUAACCCUCACAACUAUCGGAAGUGGGCCUGGGUCACUCCGAAGUCCAGGCAGUCACGAAAGGAAGGGGACAGAAGGCAGAACACGAGGGGAGUGGGGAAAACUGGCAGUGAUGGGUGAGGGGGAAGUUUGGGUGGGGGAAUGAAGUUAGAAGCCGGGAGGGAAAGGUAAAGGGCUGGAGAAGGAAUCUGAUAGGAGAGAGUGGACCAUGGGAGACGGGGAAGGAGGAGGGGAUCCAGGGGAGAUGAUCAGCAGGUGAGGAGGAAAUGAGAAAGGGUGAGAGGGGAGCCAGAAUAGUGAGUGGGAAAGAAAGGAAGAGGGGGAGAAGGAAGAAAUUUAAAAAAUCAAAUGUUCAUGCCAUGAGGUUGCAGGCUACCCAGACAGAAUAUGAGGUGUUUCUCUCCAAGCUGGGAGUACUCUCAUUGUGCCAGUUGAGGAGGCUAUAGACUGACAUGUCGGAAUGGGUCUAGGAGGUCAGAUUGCAUGGGGCACCAGAGUCAGGUCAUUAUAAAUGGUCCUGUGAUUAAGAUAGGGUUAAAUUUGUGCGAUACUGGGCAACGUGGGUCAGUGGCUGGAAGAGCCUGUCUUUGCUGUAUCUCCGAAUAAAUGAACAAAUGAAUGGGUAGAUGGCCUGGAUAAACAGUUAAAGUUUUGUUUAAAGAUGAAGCUUGGCUUGAUGUAGGUCUUAGUAACAUCAUAAAUGAUGUACAAAUCAAAGGGAAUAAAAGUGAAAAUGAG